UUAGGUGAGAAGAGCAGCUCUCACACACUUACUGAAAACCAGGGUGGAACUGCUAAAUUAACUGUGUGGCUUGAAAAGGUUUCCCUCGCAGCAGGGUAGUCACAGAGCCUUCUAAAAUUUAGCUCUGUGAUUAGCCACAGUGUAUCUGUGAAACACCUAAAAUGGUAACGUUUUAUCUUAUCUCUACCCUCAUCUAAGAGGAGUUAACUCAUCUGCAGCUUUGUGAGCUUUGAUACUCAAAUCCCCUUCUGGAUGCUGUGCCGGACUCUUUGGGGUUUUCUUUGCUGCUGCUUUUGAAGAAGUUCACUAGCAUGAAUUUUCUUGCAUGCACAGGUAGUUCAUUUUCCUUCACUGUAACAAAUAAGAAUGGGAUGAAAGAGUUGCAGUCACUUUUCCCUCUUCUGGUGGCUGUACUUGCACUUUCCAUUUAUUUCUUCUUUUCCCCAUAAGUUUUAUAUUAGUAUCCAAAGUUUUAUAGUCAUGGUCAAACUUUUUUUUUUUUUUUUUCUGGUCAAAGAACUAAUCUGUCUUGCUGGUACAAUGUCAUAAAAAGUUGGCAAAAUGCUGCCUCUCUUGGGUGCAUGUUUAUUUGGAUAUAUUGCAGUAGUGUGAAGAAAAGGGUAAAAAGGAACUGAUGGUUUUCAAGCAACCAACAUUAUAUGGAUAAAACUAAAUUAAAUUGCCUUUUCUUGGUGUUAACAACCUGAUUGCACCUUUUUUUCUGUAGCAUUGAGAGGAUUGAAGUGGCAUUCUAAGUCAUUAAAAAUCAUGACAACCUCAGUUGGACAGAAAAAAGUCUCUUCAAGACAAAGGAAGUGUGGUUUUUGUAGAUCCAAUAAAGAUAAUGAAUGUGGACAGUUACUGAUGUCAGAAAACCAGAAGGUGGCAGCACAUCACAAAUGUAUGCUGUUCUCAUCUGCACUGGUAUCUUCACACACUGAUAAUGAGAGUCUUGGUGGAUUCUCUAUUGAAGAUAUUCAGAAAGAAAUAAAGAGAGGCACAAAACUGAUGUGCUCUUUAUGCCAUUGUCCUGGAGCCACCAUUGGCUGUGAUGUGAAAACAUGUCACAAGACAUAUCACUACUACUGUGCUCUGCAUGAUAAAGCUCAGAUAAGAGAGAAACCCUCACAAGGCAUUUACAUGAUUUUAUGUCGAAAACACAAGAAAACUACGCAUAACUCUGAAGCAGAUUUAGAAGAAAAUAUCAAUGAACACGAGUUGGAGCCUUCACCUCCCAAAGGAAAAAGGAGGGGUCGUAAGGGAAAGCCAAGAAAAACUAAUUUAAAAGGGCAAUCAGAAGACACUAGAUCUACGUCCUCACAUGGCACAGAUGAAAUAGAAAGCAGUUCCUAUAGAGACAGGUCUCCCCACAGAAGCAGCCCCAGUGAUACAAAACCUAAAUGUGGAUUCUGUCAUGCAGGUGAAGAAGAAAAUGAAGCUAGAGGAAAGCUUCAUAUAUUUAAUGCCAAAAAGGCUGCAGCACACUAUAAGUGCAUGUUGUUCUCUUCUGGCACUGUCCAGCUAACAACAACUUCAAGGGCAGAGUUUGGUGAUUUUGAUAUAAAAACUGUACUUCAAGAAAUCAAGAGAGGAAAAAGAAUGAAAUGUACACUUUGCAGCCAGCCUGGUGCUACUAUUGGGUGUGAAAUUAAAGCCUGCAUAAAAACAUACCAUUACCACUGUGGAGUAGAAGACAAAGCUAAAUACAUUGAGAAUAUGUCACGAGGAAUUUAUAAACUCUAUUGUAAAAACCAUAGUGGAAAUGAUGAAAGAGAUGAAGAGGAUGAAGAAAGAGAAAGCAAAAGCCGUGGCAAAUCAGGCACUGACCAUAAUGACAUUCCUCAGCAGCAGCUCAAUGGAAACUAGGUAUGGAAGUUACUCCUGACAGAUCUGUUCCCGAGACGGAAACGCAAUAUCCAUUUCAUGUAGUUUAUUGCAGUGAAGUAUUUAUAUCUAGUGUAUGCAGAUAAGUACUUUUUAUUGGCAUACUGUAGAGGAAUGGGGAGGUUUUGUUGCUUUUUAAAUCCAGCUGACUUUGUAACAGUGGAAGAAGGGAGGCCCUCAUUUCUGUUGCUAAAUAUAGAUGUCAUGUCAGAGCUGCUAAAUGCUUUUCCGUACGAUUUUAAAUUUACUAUUGUUUUCAUCAUUUUUUAAACAGGUUCAAGGGACAGAGUUAUAGAACUGGGAAUGGCUAAGACAUCAUAACUACUAAUUCUUUUAAAUUGUUUUCUAAAAUCAGAAAAGGGUAGUAACUUCUUACUACCCAGCUCUGUUAGAAAUUUCAUUGAACUGCCUGAAACGUUCAUGUGUGUGAGCCUUCAGUAAGUGGCAGAGUUUUACAUGUCAAUAUUAUGUAGUUUGUAGUCUGCAGUGUCUGGAAAAAAAAUGAAACACUAUAUAAAUGAUAUGUAAUAUGUACAGUGUCAAAAGUUAAGGCAGACAUUGAAAUGAAGUAAGAUCUAUAUUUCUGGACUGAAUAAAAACCUUAAGAUUUGGAAUGUGUAAGUCGUUUAGUGGAUUCAUGCAAGGAGGGAAGGUCUUAGCUAGUUUAAUUAACAACGUGGACAAGCUGGUGGUGGCAACAAGCUGGUACUUUGUGAAUUUUGCAUUUUCUUCAUACACAAGUGACGGAGGCGAUCCAUGGGAAAGCUGCUCUCUGGUUUUGCUGGGAAAGCUGCUCUCUGGUUUUGCUUGCAAAGCACACAGCAGAAAAGGACUCUGUGUGCACCGAAGCACGCUUGAACAUUUCAGGUUGUUCCUGUUGGGAUUGCUCAUUCCGCCCGGCAUUGUUGGCGGGAGAUUUACUUGAGCAGCUGUUGGUUCUGAGCUGUGAGCUUUAGAACUCCUGCCAAAGGGCUGUAGUUCAUUCUUUCCCCAACCACCCACCUCUCUCUGUGUCCCUGAUUUACCAAGAACACUUCACUAAGUGUGAUUAAAACCUUGCUAUAGAAACGUUUGGACGCUGCAGCCCAAUCUCUGUAUAACUUCAGAGAGUUACAACUCUUAACUCACGAUGGAAUUUUAGCCACCAUACCUGACGUCCAUACCUCAAGUGUUCUGUGGUCUGUGGAACACUUCAUGUUUUGUCCAGAAUAUGCAUCAAGGUCCCAUAUUCUGUAAGAAGAAUGAGGAAACAACCUUUAUUAUUUUUUUUUUUGCUAGAUUGGUAUUUAUUUUUUAAUCUUAUGACCACUAUAUGAGAAACUUUGCUUAUCAUCCUUAUUGUUUUAGUGAUAAUUUUUUUGUCUUUCUGUCAAGUCAACAAUCAUGUCAUGGAAUUCUACUUGCUAGAGUUUGAUAUUCCUUUAGGGAAUAAUCAGAUCUAGGCUAUACCAAACCUAACAGAUCAGUCCUCUGACUGUUUUCAAAACACCUUGUCAUUUCUAGUGGCUACUAGCCUCUUCAAUUGGUCUGUUAAAGCACAUUCUCAGACUUGCUGAAAUAAAACCAAAAAGCUGAAUCUAGUCCACAUGUUUGUCUGUUGCUGUCGCAUCACCUUCUUGUUUGUUUAGGGUUUUGAUUGUUUCACUCUGAACUCUCUACCAAACUUCUGGAUUUGAAGGAAGGAUACAAGCAAAAUACAGUGAUUUGACUAUAAACUGCUACAGUUCUUCUGUGAUUGGUAUUGCAAACACAGUUAAUUUGUAACAUGAGUUUCUGUAGCAUUUUUUUACUUGUAUUUUUAAAAGAUUGAACGUAUGUCCUUUGUCUUCUUAAGCAUUCCCUUAAUGUCUUGAGGGACUCAAUUACUGUAUAUUGGAGUUUCUAACAUUUUACCUGUUAGAAUUCAACCACUUCUGUUUGCUCUCCUGGAGAAUAAUGCCAUUUUGGAAAGAAAUAUUGCUGUGUACAGAAAAUACUCAGUUAUUGCUCUAAACGUGAUGCCAUUGAUCAUUUUUAUUUUGUAUUUGUAACUUUCAAAAUUAAAAGCCUGACUUGAAUUGCAAUGACAGAUCGGUUAUUGAAAUUGUCUAUCCAGGUGUUUUGUUUCUCCUAGAGUACGAGCAUUUUUCAGCCACUCAGAACAGCUUUAGAAUGCAAAAUAACAUCCUUCAGUGUUUUAAAGUUCCUAGGUUUGUGCCUCAGACAUGGCCCUCCCAUGGAAAAAUGGCACUUUGUUUGCAGCUACUGUAUUUUAACCAAGGUUGCAUGGGGUAGAUCUGCCAGCAUAUUGAUUGUAUUUGAGACUGAGCUCUUAAUUCUUAGUGUGCCAGUUGCUUAGUAUCCUAUUCAGUCCAAUAAUUCACCUGUUAUGAAAUAAAUCACCCCAUUCCAUGCCUCAGAGAACCAGAGCAGCACUUCACCUUCUGGUGGUGGCAGAAAACUAGGUGGCUGGUUUCCCUGACCUCUUUGUGCUGAGAUGGCCUGACUAAACUGUCAUUGAUUCAGAAUUCAUGGAAACUAAGUCAAAAGCAAUUUAUUUUUUUUUUUCCAGACAAGCCUUUUAAUUUGUCAGAACUGACUUCAACUCAUGUAUGCUGGGUAAAAGUGCCUUACAAUGUAAAAAUUGUAUUUAUAUGUUCCCAAGUAGCAUCACCUGCUGGGGAGUGAUUCUGUCGUGGUGUUAAUAUUUAGAAGAAAUGUACCUCAGCAGUGUAUUUACUGUACAUCUCUUACAUCCUUAAUUGUAGUUUUAAAAAGCAUGACAAUGUAUGAUAGUAUACAACAUUUACAUCCUUUUUUAAAGACAAAAUACUGCCAUUACUGUCUUUUUAUGUGUAUUUUAGCUUGGAAUUUCAGACAGUCUGUCUGAAAUUUUUUUUGUUUUUGUUUUGGGUUGUUGGCUUUUUUUUUUUUUUUUUUUGUAAAGCAAUGUAAUCCUUGCAAGCAUUUAUUGGAGAUUAUUCUGGAGCAUCUACUGCCUUCCCAGAAAUAUUAGAAGUAAUGAAAAGUGCUCUAUAGGUGAAAUAGGUAUGGUUAAAUUAGCUAGUUAAAUUAAUGCAGUCUAUUUGUUACUGAGGUUUUUCUUUAAUAGGCACCUUUGCUUUCAUCUCACAAUCAGAGAACUCAUGAACUUAACAAAACUUGUCUUAUGAAACUGGUUUCACUUUAUUUAAUUUUUUACCUGUUGUUUUUGGGUUUUUUUUUGGCCUUUGGGCAUUUCUUUUGCUCACAAGAGCAGUGUGUGCUGUUUAAGACACCUGGAACCCUCUGAAAAGGGAGGUUUCUCCCCAGUUUGGUGUAUCUCGACAUGAACAGAUCUCCCCAGCUCACUGUAUCUCUGUUAACAGAUCUGCCAUUGUGCUAUACCAGGGAAGGACUGGACCAAGGAAGGAGACAGGCAUCAGAAGGUUAAUGUUCAGAUAACUUGAGGGAACAGCUGAGGUGAUGCCAGAGUCUCAAGGAGUGAUCCAACAGUAGCAGUGAACUGUGCUGUCACUCCCUAUUAGGGCAGGGUGAAAGGCUGGUUCAGCGCAGCUAAGCUGGGAUGAAGGAGAUCAGUGAUCAAAAGAUCUGCUCCUUCAGCAGGUGUUGAUCCACAGGAGGUUCUGUGGUAGUUACACCUGCACUCCACAAAGUCUGGUCUUCAGGGGCAAAAAGCUGUGCUGAUCUAGAAUGGCAUGAUUAUACUGGAUCUGGCCCUAAAAUGUGGUAUCAAGGAAGACAGCCUAUAUGAAAAAUAACUUCAUGCUCAACCAGAGUGAAAGAGCAAGAGGUGAUCAUCUAUCUGAAAUAUCAGGUGAUAUGCAGUGCAUUCCAAAAACAUGGUUGGACUUGAUGAUCUUCAAGGUCCCUUCCAACCAGGAUGAUUCCACAAUUCUACAUUAAUAUGCUGAAUCAGAUUGACAAGAAAAUUAAUCCUCAUUAGGUGAAAUGAAUCUUAAGAGAAAUAAAAAUACAUUAUAGCAACUAGUAACUCUCCUUCCACGUCACCAGAAAGAGAUCCCACUGCAUUAGAGAUGGAGAUGAACAAACAGAACACAGCUCUUGGUUUAGGUACUUGUUGAAGCAGUUUCUGUACAUGCACACGUAUGCACACUGAUUAGUCAGCAGUGACAUCUCAACCCUGAAAGGAUCCUGGAGAACUGUUGCUUGUCAAAAAGCCCUCAGGUUAGGCUAACAUUUGCAGCUUUUGCUCUAGCAUACAUUUGCAUUAGGUGUAAAGACAAGGAAUGUAUGAAAGAAGGUUAAAUGCAUUCCUAUCUGCAAUGUUAUGUAUAUUUUGUUCCUGUUAUAUUGGCUUUACUUCCAAAGUUGUAGUUUGCAGUAUUAGUUUCUUUUUAUUGGUAUCCUUGCAUAUAUAUAUUCAAUAAAUGAGUUAUGAAUUUCA